GCGUGAGUCAUGCAGGUUUGCAGCCAGCCCCAAAGUGGGUGUAUACGCAGCAGAGCGCUAUAAAUACGAGCGCCUCACCGUGCUGUGCACGCGGCGUCGCCAGGAGGAGCGCGCGGCCACCGCUGACCGAGGCGUGCUAGGAUUCCAGAAUUGGAGAAGGAGGCAAGAUGAAGACUCUACUGCUGCUUGUGGGCCUGCUGCUGAGCUGGGAGAAUGGCAGGGCAAUCUCGGACAAAGAGCUCCAGGAAAUGUCCACCGAGGGGAGUAAGUACAUUAAUAAAGAAAUUAAAAAUGCUCUGAAGGAGGUGAAACAGAUAAAGACCCUAAUAGAACAGACCAACGAAGAGCGCAAAUCAUUGCUUGGCUCCUUAGAGGAGGCCAAGAAGAAGAAAGAGGAUGCCCUGAAUGACACCAAGGAUUCUGAAACAAAGCUGAAGGCGUCCCAGGGGGUGUGCAAUGAGACCAUGACGGCCCUCUGGGAGGAGUGUAAGCCUUGCCUGAAACAGACCUGCAUGAAGUUCUACGCGCGUGUCUGCAGAAGCGGUUCGGGACUGGUGGGCCAACAGCUCGAGGAGUUCCUGAACCAGAGCUCCCCCUUCUACUUGUGGAUCAACGGUGACCGCAUCGACUCCCUGCUGGAGAACGACCGGCAGCAGGGUCAUGUGAUGGACGUCAUGGAGGACAGCUUCAACCGUGCAUCCAACAUCAUGGACGAGCUCUUCCAGGACCGGUUCUUCCCCCGGAAGUUCCAGGACACUCAGUACUACUCGCCCUUUGGCUCGUUCCCAAGGGGAUCUCUCUUCUUCAAUCCCAAGUCCCGCUUCGCCCGGAAUGUCAUGCCUUUCCCCUUGUUGGAACCCCUGAACUUCCAUGACGUGUUUCAGCCCUUCUUUGACAUGAUCCACCAGGCCCAGCAGGCCAUGGAUGCCCACAUGCAUAGAACUCCCUACCACUUCCCGAUGGCGGAAUUCCCAGGAGAAAACAGCAGUGACCGCACCGUGUGCAAGGAAAUCCGCCACAACUCCACGGGAUGCCUCAAGAUGAAGGACCAGUGUGAAAAGUGCCAGGAGAUCUUGUCCAUGGACUGUUCAGCCAACGACUCCUCUCAGAUGCAGCUGCGCCAGCAGCUGAACAUGUCCCUGCAGCUGGCGGAGAAGUUCAGUAAGCUCUACGACCAGCUGCUCCAGUCCUACCAGCAGAAGAUGCUGAACACGUCCUCCCUGCUGAAGCAGCUGAACGAGCAGUUCACCUGGGUGUCCCAGCUGGCCAACCUCACGCACAGCGACAGCCAGCACUAUCUCCAGGUCUCCACGGUGAGUUCCCACAGUUCCGACCCCAGCGUUCCCUCUGGCCUCACUAAGGUGGUUGUGAAGCUCUUUGAUUCCUACCCCUUCACUGUGACGGUCCCACAAGAAGUCUCCAAUCCUAAGUUUAUGGAGACUGUGGCAGAGAAAGCGCUACAACAAUACCGCCAGAAGAGCCGGGAGGAGUGA